AUGGCCCAGACUGUCAGCUUGCUCACCCUUUGUGCAGCUAGUUUCCUCACGGGGUACAUUGUGAAAGGGUGGUUUUCACUGUCACCCAAAAUCAAGAGAGUUAGGCUGGUCAAACCACCUAUUUCCGAUUCCGAUGCUUCUACAGAGUCCUACACUGAUUCCGAAUCAGAGGAUGAUAUAGAGAUAGACUCUAGGCCACUCAACGAGAUUCCAGGAGAGGUGAGGAUGACACUUAUUGUCAGACUGGAUUUGAAGAUGGGAAAGGGCAAGGCUGCUGCUCAGUGCUCCCAUGCUACUUUGGCCUUGUACAAGAGAAUGGCUGACUCACAGAGAGCCUCCUACAAUCCUACGCUUCUUGAAAGAUGGGAAAGAGGUAAUGGUCAAGCUAAAAUCACUCUUCAGGUACCAAAUCAGGAGGACAUGGAUGUGAUGUUUGCUCAGGCUCUUUCACUUGGUGUCAAUGCCUAUAUUGUUCACGAUGCUGGAAGAACCCAAAUUGCCGCAGGAAGCGCCACAGUCCUUGGGCUCGGCCCCGCUCCAAAGCUAGUCAUGGACCAGAUCACUCUGGAUUUAAAGUUGUAUUAG